AUGGCCUCAAGCAUUGAGAAACAGGAUUCUCAGCUCGGGCCCGAAAGUGAUAAAAAUUGGGUACAUGACCAUAAUGAGGAUCACACUCUGAAGCCAGCUGGUGUUCGUAAAUCCGAGGCUGCACAAAAGGUCAUUACGGGGAAACACAAGAUAUGUUUGAUCGUCAGCAUUGGGCUUGCUGCAUACAUAUACUCUCUCGACGGUUCUACCACUUGGACGUAUCUUGCGUUCGCUGGGUCGGCUCUAAACAACCACUCUCUUAUUACCACUGUGCAAGUGGCCCAAAGCAUUAUUGUCGCUUGUGGGAAACCGUUCAUCGCCAAGCUAGCCGACAGCCUCUCGCGCCCCGUGGCAUAUAGCUUGGUUGUUUUCUUUUACGUUCUCGGCUAUAUUAUCAUUGCUUCUGCCCAGAGCAUCGCAACUGUCGCUGGCGGUAUUGUUAUCUAUGCGGUCGGAUACACUGGUCUGCAACUUCUUCUCCAAAUUAUUAUUGCUGAUACUACAACCCUGAAAUGGCGCGGACUGUCUUCUGGUCUGGUCGCGGCGCCGUUCAUCAUCAAUGCGUUUGCAGGAUCAGAGGUUUCUGCUGGCGUUAUGGCUUCCGGGGGGCCGGGCUGGCGGUGGGGAUAUGGGAUGUUCGCUAUUCUCGUUCCGCAUAAGGCUAAAUCGCAAGGGCUCGUCGAACCAGCUCCUCAAUCAUCUGCGAGAGGAAUGAACAAGUUCAAAGCUGUUUGGGAAGAGGUUGAUAUGCUCGGACUAUUAAUACUCGCUGGAGGAGUUGCGUGUGUACUUUUGCCGCUUACCCUUGCAAAAAGUGCCAAAGGGGGAUGGGCGAAUCCGUCAAUGAUCACCAUGCUUACUGUUGGGCCAAUCCUCUUUAUUGCCUUUGGAAUAUACGAAUGGAAGUUCGCCGCGUAUCCCAUUGUACCUAUGAGGUUCUUGCGCAAUAAAGCAGUGGUCGGCGCUGCCUUGAUUGGCUUCUUUGAUUUCGUCUCAUUCUACUUGACAUUUUCAUACCUAUACUCAUUUGUGUUCGUGAUAAAAGGAUGGGAGCUUCGGUACCUCAACUAUUUCUCCUCAACACAAACGGUUGCCCUUACCGUUUUCGGUAUUAUAGCGGGAGCGAUCAUGCGAACUACUCAUCGCUACAAAUGGAUGCUCGUGACCGGCUUGUUUAUCCGCCUAUUUGGUGUCGGCCUCAUGAUACACUCUCGAGGCGCCAAAGGAAACACUGGGGAACUUGUCAUGACUCAAGUGAUUCAAGGACUGGGAGGAGGUUUCGCCGCUGUCGCGUCCCAAGUCUCGGCCCAAGCAUCAGUUCCACAUAGCGAGGUUGCGAUCGUGACAGCCAUGGUCUUGCUCGUGACUGAAAUCGGAGGAGCAAUCGGGACCGCCAUGGCCGGCGGCAUCUGGACGAACACCAUGCCUCGACAGCUGGAGAUUCAUCUCCCCGAUGUUAAUUCGACUGUCCGAGCUGAACUUUUCAGUAGCAUCACAACCAUCGCUAGCUAUCCUCCGGGGGACCCGAUUAGGGAAGGCGUAAUUCAAGCAUAUGACGAAACCAUGAAAGUGCUGUUGAUUGCUGCAACGGCCAUAGCGAUCAUUCCUCCCGCUCUUGCACUCCUAAUGCCUGACUAUUUCCUGGGAGAUACCCAAAAUGCAGUGGAAGGUACUACCCUUACUGGAGAAGUUGCUCGCCACGUGCCUCAGGGGAAGGUCUGA